UACCCCGCCACUAGUCAUGACUCUCGAUUAGCUUUCGGUGCUCAACUACGCGAUUAGGUGUGCUGCGUUCAUACAGUUGUCCAAAUGGGGACGGUGGUGGUGCGUUAAGCACCUAUUUUGGCAUUGGGCAUGCUCCAGUGGUGCAUUCGCAGCUGAAGCAGUUCGUUCUUGUUGCAGAAUCAUGUGUGCAACUAGCAUGUUCAGCUUCCAAGUUGUGCGCUUGGCCUGGGUGUCGAUACGAAAAACAACCUAGACUCGGCUUCUCCGUGGGAGGGCAGAAGAGGUGGAAGUAUUAUCGAGUAUAAAGUAGGCCGUGACGACCUACAGGAAACGAUCAGAAUCUACUAAACCAACAACAUUUCCUUCUUGUACCCAGCAUCGCUGCCCCCAUUCAAAGCGUGUCUAAGCCAGCAUCAUUGUAUGCAGAAUUCCAGCCUUCAUUGAACGUCCAGAAGUAACAAUUGUAGCGCUCUACAAGAAAUCAAAGAUGCAAGCCCGCACAGAAUUCGAUUCCGCCAUCGAGGAUUCCUACCGACAGGACGUCCAAGGCGCAAUCACCGUAAUCGAAGCAGCGUCAGAAAACAUCCCGCUCGUGUUCCGCCAAAACCAGGUGCCAGACGGCUCAAGAGUGGGCGACCACCAAAUCGACGCAGCAGCCGAGCACAUCGUCCGCUGGGAUGUCCGAAGGCCAGCAGAGAUUUUCAAUAGAGGCUUCCGCCCGCAACUAAGUCGCGACAUGAAGAUUGAUCGAAUGUACAACUUCAGACGCUACCAGGGCGUCCCCACCGCUAACUCGGUCUUCGUCUCAACCGCACGCGCCUUCCACGACGACAAAGGUACGCCUACCAUAUGGAAGCCGGAUAACUGGGACAAGGAGACCAGGUUCCGAUACGUGAUCAGCGGGUGCUACGGGGGAAUCGACGUCAACGCGACGAUAGUGGAAAAGAACAACCACACUAGUGAGCACGAGAUUACGUUUGUUGGUGGCAUCAGGAGGAAGUUUAUUCGUUAUGCGGUCGAGAUUCAGAACGGUGUGGAGACGAAGGUGUGGGAGAACGGUCAUGCACUCGGUGCACCGGCUACUAUUCCGUAUCCGCGUGAUAUUCCUGUGGAGAGAAUUACACCCAUGUAGUUGCUGCUUGCCCUCACUUUUAUGUUGCCUACAUCUGAGCUCAGAGCUAUGUCACUCCGCCGAUUGUGUUUUGAAGGUCGACGAGAUGCAAACGGGUCGGAAGUGAUAGUCUUGCAUUUUGCUCCUUUACAAAUGCAGCGGUUUACUCA